CUGCUGCUGGUGAUGCGGGUCCCCCCUCCUCCCGCUGACGCAGGUCGCUCCGCUCUGCGCUCCUACUGGUCCGCGGAGCGGCAGCGGCGGCUCCGAGCGGCGAUGGAGACGUAAACGCGGAUGCAGCGGCGGCGGGGAGCAGCGAGAGGAUGCGGAGCCGCGUUUAGCCCGUGACCGCCGCAGCUACACCUGCCGUGGAUGACCGUCCUGAUGGGUUGUGGAGGGAGUCGGGCGGACGCGAUCAUCGAGCCGCGGUAUCAUGAGAGCUGGACCAGGGAGACGGAAUCGACGUGGCUCACCAACACGGACGUGGAGACCCCUCUCCCCGUAGCAAACGGUAAAGCUGCGGAGAGCAGCCUGAGGGAGAAGAGGAUGGUGAACACGGGCACCCAGUGUGGGAAGCAGGCCGUCACCUCCAGCGGCUCCGGCCACCAGCGGAGACCCAGACGCUCCCUGACUGAUCAAAGCGCCCGCGACUCUAAGAGGAGGCCGUCGAAGGAAGCCGGCGGUUUGUCCAAGGACGCCGGCGCCGGUGGGGACGUCGAGCCCGGCAGCGCGUGCCACGAGAGAUGAAGCAGCAGAAGAAGACGGAGACUCUGUGAUGAGGGAUAUUUGGAGCUGCUGUCCACCAGAAGCUGCGGUGGGGAUUUCCUACGUUUGCCACCGACGCUGCAGGAUCGCGGCUGUGGAUCUUGGUACUGUGCAACAUAAGCGCCUGCACAUGUCUGUGAGAAAAUACGGAGAGGCUGCGUCUUUGUCAUUGCCAAUGCAUGCGUGAAGCGGGGAGUUCACACUCUCCCCUGAGCUUUUCUCUCAUGCUUUUGGUGCUGGUCAGGAAAUGUGUCACUGUGUUAAGGCAACUUUGUGGAAAACAACAACAGACUGCACGCGAUGAUCACAGACUGCACAGCCAGUGGUUUUUGUCAUGUGGGGACGUCCUGCAGCAUUUGCUUCGGUUCCUUGAGCGACUACUUUCCUCUGGUUGUGAAUGAAAGCGUUGGAGCUUUAAACGUGGGGGCUGAGCACAGCUUUUGUCCAGCCUCUGCAAGACAGACAAACACCUGCAUGUGCCUACGAUUCACAGUGAUUCGAGCUGCUCCUUUGUUCAAUUUGACAGGUUCUGUUAAACUUUAAUGAGUGUUAUACAGUUUAUUCUCAGUUCUCUGACCUUUUCUGUUGUAUUAUAUGAUGUAAGACGUUAUUAUUUACUACGGUGCUUUGUAACAAUGUGUUGUGUGCAGCUUGCACUGACUGCAUGUAUAAAUCAAUCCCCCGUUGAGCAUCGAGUCUGUGCCAGAACAUAUAUUUUGUAUUUCCACUACAUGUGAAAAUGGAAAACUGCAGUAGACACAGCUGGUGAUUCAGGAGGGUUGAUUAUCGGUCGUAGUAGGUUUCACACACGAAUUAUGAUAUUUUUCUUAUUUGUAUUAUAUUUGCUGUUGCUUCAUCACAGCAUGCUUCAUACAAUACAGUUUCUUUAUCUUGAACAUGUGAA